CUUGCUGCUGCCAGGUCCAGAGUGUGUCAUGGGUCCCUGUACGCGCCUCCCAUUGCUGCUGUCUCCAUCGCCACACUCUGCCAUGUGCCACUUUCAGGUCUCCUCACACAGCUGCUGUGGGUUCCAUUUUGUCAUAGGGUGCUGGCAGAUUACGGGCCUCCCAUUGCUGCUGCCAGGCCCGUAAUCUGCCAUGGGCCCCCGUACCGACUCCUCAUGCUGCUGCCAGGUCCAGAGUGUGUCAUGGGUCCCUGUACGGCCUCUCAUUGCUGCUGUCUCCAUCGCCACACUCUGCCAUGUGCCACUUUCAGGUCUCCUCACACUGCUGGUGGGUUCCAUUUUGUCAUAGGGUGCUGGCAGAUUACGGGCCUCCCAUUGCUGCUGCCAGGCCCGUAAUCUGUCAUGGGCCCCUGUACCGCCUCCUCAUGCUGCUGCCAGGUCCAGAGUGUGUCAUGGGUCCCUGUACGGCCUCCCAUUGCUGCUGUCUUCCAUCGCCACACUCUGCCAUGUGCCACUUUCA